CCAAGUUUGUUUGACAUAAAAUCUAAAUGCAGCUAAAAUGAACUCUAUUUUUGUCCCUGUAUAUUUUAGUUUUUUGGGUGCUCAGCUCCAGUAGGCUAUAAUAAACAUGAGAACAGAGCAGGUUGCCACAUCCUCUGUGGCUCUGUGUCAUCUGAUCUACCGAACAUUACAGAAGCCUUUACGCUGCCUCAUUGCAUUAGAAUCUUUUAGCAUCAAUGCUGCUCGGCCCAACGCUGCUUUCACUCGAUGCACAUUUGUCUUGCAUCACUGCUGCUUUCAUCUCUGACUCAUUCUAUUAGCCUGCUCUAAUAGCACCCUGCUAAUCUGUUCAGGGAGAGAGCCAUGUCCCACAACUGUCCUGCCCUGACAACCAGCCUGGUUGUUUCUCCUAUGAGCCACCAAAGUAAAUCAAUAAAUGAGGUUGCACUUUGAUUUGGAUUUACUAUGCUAGAAAUACACUUGGGGUAUAUUUGACAGCUGGUAUACUAUUAAUUUCCCUUUUUGAAUGUUAGAUCAAGCAUCAGGCUGCUGAAGGCCAUUUUUGAUGUUUGAUAGAUAAAAGUGUUUGUUUGCAUGGCCCAUCAGCAUGAAACUGUCCCUUUCAAUAGAUAGAUGACCUUUUGAACCCUAAAAUUGCAUAUUGACUUAUUUUACAUCAUGAAAAACUAAUCAAGAUGGAUAAAAGUUAACACCAGUGCACAGAGAUUUUGAAUAACAACUCUACAACAAAAUGCUCAAAUGCAUGAAAUCCUUCUUUUUCUUUCUUCUUCUACAUUUUGUCUUAUGCAAUUUUUUUCUUUUGCAGUUUUAUGAGCUGGAGUUUAUCUGGUAAAAUAACGUGUUGAUUCAUUUAGUAAGCUUUUCCAUUUAUCUGUAAAGGACAUCAAAGCUUUGGUGAUUCUGCAUUCAUGCAUUAGGAUCCACAAAUGUACAUGUGGAUAGUUUUUCAGAAUUUUUUUUUAAAGGUUUGGAACACCAAAAAAAAAAAAAAAUUUUUAAUGAUUAUUUUUGAUUAUAAUCCGUCACUCUGAGUUUUCAUGCAGGCUGAACCUGCUUAGAAAAGCCUGACAGGCAGGGUCCGAAAUUAACACUCGCCACUCACCAAAUGCGAGCAAAUUGCUCCAUUUGGCGAGUAAAUUUUUGAGCUCUACCUGCCACCUGGCGAGUAAAUGUUUGCACCAAAUUAGUUAUGUUUAUCAGUCAUCUUCCAUGGAUUUCUGAUACUCCUCCCGCCUGCAUGCAACGUGCACAAACGUACGUGAAACGUGAACGCCGCAUCCAACGUCAUUUCCACCUAUCCCAUUCAAUCAGUUUAUCAAGUUAGCAGUUAGCUUCGUGUUAAAACUAGCGGUGAAAUGUGGCGGUUUUUAACUGGAGUCAGCCAGCCUUCCAAAAGAAAACUCGUCGAACUGGAAGGAAAACCACCAGGACCAGUGGCAACCAGAAGAUUUUGUGAAAAGUGGCGAACCGGAGAUGGCGGAGUCGUGAGACAAUGGCUACAUUAUGAUGGCCACGUAGCGUUGCUGCCUUUCACAGACAACUGUCCCUCGGCAUUCUUCAAAUAUCCAAAAAAUGCCCAUACUUCCGACUUUGUCUUCUUUGAGGGAUAAUAAAUGUCCCGAGUGCUGCCGUCUCCUCUGGCCAUUAUUUCAGCUUUAGCUUAAAGAAAGUUUUGGUCGUAAACAACUUAUUCAUUCAUUUGAAAUAGAUUUCAAUGAAAGAGUUCAUAAAAACAUCUCUAAAAAUAAAUAAAUAAAUAGUAAAAAUGACAAAAGAGUUGUUUUUCUUAUUAAUUGAUGUUUUAAUUAUUUUGUCAUUCUGUUUGGAAUCAACAUAAUAUAGAAUAACAUGCUUUAGGUAGAUCUAAAUCAUUUUGAAUUUUGGCCGGUAAAAGAUAUGUUUGGCCGGUAGAUUUUCAUCAUCUACCAGCCAACUUGGCCGGUGAGUAAAAAAUGUAAUUUCGGACCCUGCUGACAGAUCUAUGUCACACUGUCACUUCACAUUCAUAGACUCACCCAUCUUGACUCACGAUAGAAGGCUGUUGUUGGUUGUUUGUCCAGGAAUCAGCAGAGAAUGUCUCGACUUGUAGAAUCUAACCGUUAGCAUUAACAACUCCACACAGCAGAACUCCUCCAUGCUUGUGUUACUUGUGGAGAUAAAACAUCAGUGUUGUAAGUCAGAGAAGUAGAGUUGUGUUGCUGUUAGCCAAUCAGAGGAGAGGUGGCCAAAAAUCAGGAAAUAAGGCUUUAAAUCCUGACCUGAAGCUGCUUUCUCCUCCAGCUGACUUGUCCCAGUACGACUUGCAAGGCAUUCAAUCCUACUACCACUGCAAAUGCAUUGAUUAAACGAGUGUCCCACACCUUUAAUACAAUCACUCUAAUUGUUUAGUAUGGGAAAACCUGGCUCUUUUAAAACAGAAAAUCUAAUUUUAAGGUUUUUAUUUUUGUCAGCAACAUUUUAUUUAUUUAUUCAUUUGAAAUGCAUUAAUUUUCGUCUAAAUAUUUUGUGAAUUAGUUUACUUGUGGUACUAAUUAGAAUAAAUAGUCCAGAAACCAUGGUUGAUAGUAAAUAUGCCUCUGUUUCAUACAAUCCUUCUCUUAGGUUUCCCGUUUUUAUGUGGUCAAAUAAACGAUAAAUGCAGCUUGGCAUGCCACUUUAUGUGAAGAUGGCACAGAGGAUUUGUAAUGAUGGGGAACUAUGAGCACUCUGAGAUGGAGACAGAUUAGCUAAGGGGAAUAAACAGCAGGAACAGGGAUUUACUGCUGCUCGUAGUAAAGCACCUCCAUUCAUGCGUAGCCCCAAUGACCCAAUAGAUCACAGCCUUCGGGCUGCUGCAUCCCAUCUGCAUCCAUCCUUCUGGUCCAGAAGAAUGACGCUCCGUUAUUUGUGAAAGCUCUCCCAGAAGGCAGAUAAGACAUCUAUGAUUUGAAAUUCAUGCUUCUUUUUACUAGGUCAUUUCUGCGUGAUGUCGCCUGAGUGGGAAAUGAAGUUGGACUGCCUCCCUGUUAGCUGAAAGCUUCCUAUUUCUGUUUGUCUUUGUUUUCAAACUGCUCCAUGCUUUUUUCUUCAUCUAAUGGAAGAAAAAACCUCCACUGGGCCUGCCAUGGUAUCCAGAUUACCUAAAUUUGGUGGACGUCCUUCAACUAAUGGUUUUAGCCCCCUGUGCAAUGGUUCCACACAACCAACAGCAUCUGCCCAGGAUGGCAAAACUACAACCUCAGGAGCUCGCCAAAAUGGGAUGACUCGCACAUCCCCUCUUUCCCUGAAAUGUAAAAGAGAUGAUGGGGUGAUUUCAUCUUACUCUACCACACCCAUCGUUGGAGACAAAAGUGAAGACACUUCUCAGGCUCAGAUUCUCUCAUCAGUGAAGGAGGCAAAGAAGAGCUCUCCAGCAACUCCUGUCAUGCGCAGGUCUGGUUGUUUGGCGAUGGCUGUCUCUAGCCCCAAAUCCAUCCCUAAGCAAUCCUUAAAAAUGAUUCCCAAAGGAGGAGCUAAAUUAGGCCAAAGCCCUCUGAACGGAGUAGCUAAAAUGACCAACAGUGGCUCCAGCAUUCCUCCUCGUGCAGGGUCAGAGUCACGCCUUGUUCGACCAGUGUUGGGCACCACCUCUGCCAGAAGUGCCUCCCAGGACAGCCUGUCCCAGUACAACGAGAGCCCAAAGACAUCAACACUUGACAAUAUAGUGCGUUCAAACAGCUUCACUCACUUCAAGCAAAUUCCCUCCCCUACUAGUGAGCCAAUGAUUCGAUCUUUCUCCUUUAAUCGGGCUGUGGAGUUAGCUAAGCCUUUGGCCAACACUCAACUCCGGCCUCCUCGUAGUAGUUUUCUGAAACCCCCUCAGGUAAGCAAUGGCAGAGUGGGAUUAGUAAUAAAUGGCAAUCUAGGUGGAGGAAUUGGAGGUCUUCAGUACAACAAAAGUCCUCCAUUUGCCUCCUGUCUGCCCACCUCCUCAGUUACACCUAGCACUCCCCGAACUUUGAAGAAGCCUCUGCUCCCCAAUUCUGUUGGGACAAAGUCAUUGUCUAGUAGUGUUGGAUCUUUGGGUUCCAGAUUGGCUCGGUUAGGACAGACCAACCAGCAGAGGUGUAUUGUUCCAGAUCAGGUCAAGGAGCAUAUCAACUCUUUAGUCUUACCUGAAAGUAAUGGGCUACUAUGGGUCGCAAAAGGCACUGAUCCAAUUGAGGAAGCUGUAAAAAGAGACUCUCCCAGUGACAAUGAUGGAAAUGGAAAUGGAAUUGCAAAUGGAGGAGGAAUGCAUUGGCAGAGCACUAGCCAGGGGGCUGGGGAGACCCUGGAGGACAUGUCCUUAUCUUCUGCCUCAUCACUAGACAGGUUUGAUACAAGUGAAGAGUUUCUUGAUGACACUGACUCUGUGGAAGAUGCAUGUGGGGAAGGGGAUAUGCCUGACAACCGGAAAGCAAGCAGCACAACUCUAAGCUCCUUACACAGCUUUCACAGUGAGACCAUCGACUGGGAGUCGAAGGAAAUGACUAAAUAUAAAGAAGAAAGCCCUGUGCAGGAAUCCCAGGAAUCACUGGCGCUGUCUCCAGAGCAGGGUGAUGCCCCCCCGGCCUCGUCUGUUGAGCUGUCACCCUCCAGCAGCUCUGGUGGAACCUACAUGUGGGACGAAGAGGGCCUUGAGCCCCUCAGGAGACGUGAAACACCAUUAGACAGCUAUGAUGACUCAGAACUCAACAGCAUGGAUAUUCUCAACAACCUGGACUCUCCUGGAGCUGCAGAUUUGGAUGAUAGCGACCUCAUGCUGGAUGCAGGCCUCCCAGAUGAUAGCUUACAAGACUUUGACAGAAUGUCCUGCAUUGAGCGUCCCAAACAAGCCAGUCGACAGGGGCAGAGACAUAAACAACAUCGGUGGAGUGGUCCAGAUCACCUCUACAGUGAUGGCAGGGCUCAAGUCUUCCAGAAUUAUGAUGGCUUCAGGGGCCCGAGGAUGUCUUCGCGGUAUAACCAUUCUGAGGGCAGGCAGUGGGGCUACAGACCAACGCUGGACAAACUCACACUCGAACACAUGACUCAGGACUGCAGCUUUCUCAAGAAUCAGCUGCUCAGACUCAAAUCGUUACUAGAGCUUGAGGAAACAGACUCUCCAGCAGAUGUUUCAGAGCAGGCUGAGGACAUCACCACUGUUUCACAGAUGGAGGUACUGAUUAAGGAAGUACAAGUACUCAGAGAGGAGUUGAGGAGCCGAGACAAGACUAUCGCUCAGCUCACAUUACAGUGUCAACAGCUACAACAGCAUCAGCGGGAACACAUGUCCUAUCAAGGACGGCAGGUCAAGUGUCAGUGCCACCACCAGAGGGCUCCAGCUUCACUACGACCGAGUGACAGGCCAACAGACAAAUGGAUGCAGCACCACGAUAAGGCUACCCAGACAUAUUGGAGACCGCCAAGCCAUCCUCCUCCAAUACUACAGCCUUUCAACCCCCAUCUCAGCGAGCACCCCCACCAGGAAAAACUAAUAAAAACUCCCCCCACCGAGGGCCGCAGUGAGAUCACAAGGACUAGAUCAAUGGAAGUAAUUCAUCUAGAUGAUGCCUGUCCUCUUGAAUCUACUAAAGAAGAUGUGUCCACAGCGUCCGGCUCUGACAAGCGGAGGGAUCUACCUCGGACCAAUCAGCGCUGGUGUGGCCUUCGCGCUCCACGGGGGAUAACUGGCAGAGAUGUUCCAGUGUCAGCAGCUCAGUCUGCAGAACAGUGUGAUUGGAAAGCUCCCGCUGCGAUGCUGCAGAAGUCAUUCGCUCCAAGAUCUGCUGGGUCGACUUGCCCUGGCAUGCUGCAGUCUCCUCGCCUUCACAAGUGCACAGCUCUUUCUGCAUUGAAGCCGGGGAGUUCUGGUGGCUCUGCCUCUCUGCAGUCUGGGUUCACCUCAGAGCCACUUGAUAAGCAGACCAUGUGGCUGCCACCUCCAUCUAGAGGCCUCCCCUGCUUUAACACUAGACCCCAGGUGCAAGAUCCUAAACUGUUAGCCUCUCAGAGCAUCAGAGACUCGAGAUGAUUCCUGCAGCGACAGACCCAACUCCCUGAAUGAGCCCACCCAGGUGACACUCCAAGACUGUGGGUCAGCCAAGGUCCUGAUUCUUUAGUAACUCUUGUGUCCUUAAGCCAAAGAUUCCCAUAGAAACUUAACCCCCCCCCCCCCCC